AUGAGUCAACCAAUCGAAUUUUGGUCGCAUAAGGUCGGCCCCAACCCUUGGAAGAAUGUGAUUAUCUUCGAGGAAUUGGGUAUUCCGUAUACAGUAAAAUAUUUAAAUUUUGGCAAUAACGAAGAAGGAGUGGAACACCCUGAUUUCCUUAAGAAAAACGCUGCAGGGCGAGUCCCACUCAUUCACGACCCCAUAACCGGUAUUAUUCUGACGGAAUCUAAUGUGAUUAAUCAUUAUUUGGUCGACCAUUAUGACAAGGGCCACAUAUUCGCGACUACCUCAGAGCAAGACAAGUACCUCGUUGAUAAAUAUCUCGGUUUUCAGAGUAGCACGCAAGCUCCAUUUUAUGCCCAAUCUCUUCAGAUGAAAAACAAGGGCAAUAUGGAUGGAGUUGCUCAUUUUCAAAAUCUCGUAAAGAGAACCCUUCGGACAGUUGAUGACGAGCUGAGAGGUAAGGAAUACCUCGUAGGCGAUAAAUGCACUUUAGCGGAUCUGGCUUUCAUCCCAUGGGAUCUCAUGUUGGAUUUUGUGCUUCAAGGAGAUACAGAGGCCGAGACUGCCCAAGGCAGGCAAAAGUUAUUCCCUAAUUGGUACAGGUGGCACACAAAGAUAGCACAGAGGCCAAGUGUCCAGAGAAUGAUUAGAUUGAAGCAGGAAGCCAAUUCCAACUGA